AUGGAUGUGAUGUGGUCUCCGGUGCAUCAUGAUAAGUUUAUUAUAUGGGGUCCUGAUAUAACCUUAUACGAAGUGGCAAGACUCCAAGAAAUAGAGAAAAAGACUACUUUUAUGCAAAUAUCUUCAACUAGAGGUGCUACUGUUGUGGCAUCUCAGAGUGCCAGCGGAGUUCGGUGUGUAGAUAUUAGUGCUAUAGCUGAUCAGCCAGAUCCAUUGUUAGCUUUGGGACAUGCAAGUGGCAGAGUUACUCUAGCCAGUCUGAAGCAGACUUAUGAUCCACUUGGUUUGGUUGGGAGAGAAUUUGUGACCAAGUUUGUGAGGCCCUGCAAUGGUUUAGCAUGGAACCAUGAUGAGAGCAAUCUUCUUGCGGCUGCCAUGGACAAGCACCGCAACGACAAUUGCAUACAAGUGUGGGAUGUGCAUCGAUCAUCCAUGUCAGCAGAUGAAUUCACAGAAAGUACUUCACCAUCAUUGGAGCCCACCCGGCCAAUUGCGGAACUAGCAUUAUCUGAAACGGCGCACAGCGUAACAUGGACCAACCUAGGGAACCAUACUCUGGCUGCUUCCAUGAACUUGAAGCAUAUUAAGAUUUUCGAUUUAAGAGAGAACACGGGCAAGGCGAUGGGCGUGGCCACGAGCCGGCAGUGCCUGGGCGUGUGCGCGGAGCCCGGCGGCUGGCAGCUGGCGUCCCGCGGCGAGGGCGGCCUCUGCGUGUGGGACGCUCGGGCACUCGCGCGCCCCCUGCUGGCGCUGCCCACCGCCAAACCGCCACGCACCAUUCAGUGGUGCCCCACCAGGCGAAACCUGCUGCUCUCUCUGCAGCGCGACUCCAGCACUUUGCGGCUGUACGACAUUCAACAGGCGCAGGAGUACAAGCCCACUCAGUCGGUCGACAGUUCCAUGGCGGCCACGCCCGCCCUGGAGGAGGGCGAGGAGGCGGCGCGGGGCCCGAGCGUGCUGCAGCGCGACGUGUGCCCCGCCGGCCAGCCGCUCGCCUCCUUCUGCUGCCACCCGGCGCACGAGGCGCGGCUGCUGGCGCUCUGCCUCAACGGCGGCGUGGUGGAGUACACGGUGUGCGAGCGCGUGACGCUGGCCUGGGGCGCCCGCGGCGGGCUAGUGUGGGCGGGCGGCGGCGCCCUGCGGCUCAUGCAGGACGACUUCUACGCCGCCCUGCGCGACGUCUCGCACCUCAUGCAGCAGCGCGCCAACACCGACUACGGACUCAAGCCGGAUCUGUGGCAAAACGCUGACUUAGCGGAGGACGAGGCGCUCAGCGGGCUGUGGCACUUCCUGGCGUUGAGCAAGUCGCUGGUGGAGGACGGGUGCUUCCGCAACAGCCCGUGGCGGCACCCGGGCGUGCGCACCGUGCUGCGGCCGCCCGGCGACGGCGGCUACCGCUCCGAGGCCGUGCCGCUGCUGCUGCCCGACAUGCCCAACCGCAAGGUCACCGUGUACAGGAGCGCGGAGCGCACGUGCGCGCUGCAGCUGUGCGGCUGGGGCUGGGGCUGGGAGAACGCGGUGCUGGGCGUGGAGCGCGCCGAGGCGGAGGGCACGCCGUGCCGCGCCGCCGCGCUCGCCGCCUUCCACCUGCGCGCGCGCGCCGCGCUCGACGUGCUGGCGCGCGCGCGCGAGCCGCGCCUGCGCGUCGCCGCGCUCGCGCUCGCGGGCCCCGGCGCCGACGAGCGGCUGUGGCGCGACGCGCUGGCGGCGGCCGCGCCCGCGCUGCCCGACCCCUACCUGCGCGCGCUGCUGCACUUCCUGGCCGCCACGGCCGCCGGCGGCGCCUCGCAGCCCGACCUCGGCGCCGUGCUCAACGAGACCGAGAUGCGGCUGGAGGACCGCGUCGCGUUCGCCUGCACCUUCCUGUCGGACGCCAAGCUGCACGAGUACGUGAAGCAGACCUGCGACGCCCUCACGGAGCAGGGCGACCUCUCCGGCAUGCUGCUCACAGGCGUGAGUCCAGAGGGCGUGACGCUGCUGCAGCGCUGGGUGGAGUCGAGCGGCGACGUGCAAUCGGCCGCCCUCAUCGCCGCUCGCUGCUGCUCCCCUGAUCUGCUGCGCGACCACAGGGUGCUCGCUUGGCUAGAGAGCUACCGCACGCUACUGGACAGCUGGCAGCUGUGGUGGGCGCGGUGCGCGCUGGACACGUGCGUGUGCGCGUGCGCGGGCGAGGCGGGGGAGGCGGGCGAGGCAGGAGGCGCGCUGGCGGCGGCGCGCAGGGUGGGCGUGGCCUGCAGCUACUGCGGCAAGUGCGUGGCCGCGCCCGCCGCCAGCGCGCGCCCCCGCGCCGCCUUCGCGCGCCUGCCGCCGCCCGCCGCCAAGAUGAAGCAGAUCUCCUCGUGCCCCAACUGCCGCAAGCCGUUGCCGCGCUGCGGCGUGUGCCUCUUGCACCUGGGCACCGGCGCCACGGGCGGCGUGAGCGUGGGCGUGGGCGGCGUGGGCGUCGCUGCCGGCGUGGGCGUGGGCGGCGGCUCGGGCGUGGGCGCCGGCGGGGCGCACUUCGGCGGCUGGUUCAGUUGGUGCGUCGCGUGCAGGCACGGCGGACACGCCGCCCAUUUGCUUCAGUGGUUCAGCGAGCACUCCGAGUGCCCUGUGAGCUCUUGCUCCUGCCGCUGCAGCUCCUUGGACCCGCCGGACAGGCUU